AAGCUGAAGGCCAUAGAAGCCAUGGCCGGUAAAACUUUUAUUUUGAAAAAAAAAAAUGCCAAGCUGCUAACCUCAAAAUAGUUAAUAGUCUUUUUUUCUUUACUUAUUUUGUAAAAGAAAAUAAAAUGGGGAAGAAGAAAAAUAAGAAUAAAGUUAGUGGUGCAGUUAAAACUGCUGCAAAAACUGAGAAGAAAUUAGCAAACAAACUAAAAAAAGAACUUGCGGACUUGGGAGAGGAAGAUAUUGCAAAAGUAAUCGCUGAAAUAGAACGUGAAGAAGCCAAACGUUCUGCUGCUACAGAAAAGAUUCUUGCUGGACCACCCUCUACAAGAGCAUAUGCUUCUUUGACACCUCAUCCUAUCAACAAUGAGUUAAUUAUGUUUGGUGGAGAAUACCACAAUGGGCAGACGACAGAAGUGUACAAUGAGCUGUUGUUCUACAACCCAGAGAAGAAUUUGUGGCGGCAAGUGAAAGCGCCGGGUGCACCGCCGCCUAGGAGCGCACAUCAGGCCGUCGCCACUCCUGCUAAUAAGUAUGAUCAAUUGAUCAGAAUAAGUGAAUUAUUUCAAUAUGCAUAGGCAACAAGACUAUCGACUUCACAAACUAUGAUGACAUGUAAUAUUAUAUUUAUUGCUACUAUUCUUACUCACAACACUUUGUUAAUAUUAAAUUGAAAUUCAAAACAAAAUCCUUAUUGCAGUCGUACCCUUAAAUUACAAAUUUUCCAUAGUGCCCCCUCCCCCCCCAACUUCAAUGAGAAUCUUGUUUAGUCAAGUUUAAUUGAUUUAUUUUUAGAGGCGAGCUUUGGGUGUUUGGUGGAGAAUUCACAAGUCCUACAGAGACACAGUUCCACCACUACAAAGAUUUAUGGUGCUUCUCAUUAGCAGAAAAGAAAUGGGAGAAGGUAGUGGCUCCAAACGGUCCCUCUGCCCGUUCUGGCCACCGCAUGGUAACGCUGGGUCGCAAGCUGCUAGUGUUUGGCGGCUACUGCGACGACGGGCGCGACUACCGCUACUUCGACGACCUGCACGCGUUCUGCCUCGACACGAGGACCUGGAGCAGGCUCAGCGCCAGCGGCCGCGGCCCGAGCGCCAGGUCCGCGUGCGUCAUGCUGCCCGCCGGGAACGAUAGUGUGAGUUAUGACUGUCUAGAUCUAUUGGUAAUAUUAUUUUUUAACACCUUUGCUCGUAAAGCUGAUGUAAUUCCAUCGGGCUUAAAAAUGUAAAGCGGUUCAUAAAAAACGC